AUGUCUUUAAACUACAUCAAGAACUUCUAUGAAGGAUGCCUCAGGCCUCCUACGGUGAUAGGCCAGUUCCACACCUUGUUCUUCGGCUCGGUGCGGAUGUUCUUCUUGGGCGUUCUUGGCUUCGCUGUCUACGGGAAUGAGGCGCUGCACUUCAGCUGUGACCCUGAUCGCAGGGAGCUCAACCUCUACUGCUACAACCAGUUCAGACCCAUUACCCCCCAGGUCUUCUGGGCGUUACAGCUGGUGACAGUGUUAGUUCCCGGCGCAGUGUUCCACCUCUACGCAGCCUGUAAGAACAUCGACCAGGAGGAGAUCCUUGAACGACCCAUCUACACCGUCUUCUACAUCAUUUCUGUUCUCCUGCGCAUCAUUCUGGAGGUCAUCGCCUUCUGGCUACAAAGUCACCUCUUUGGCUUCCAGGUCCACCCACUGUACAUGUGUGACGCCAGUGCUUUGGAAAAGAGCUUCAAUGUGACUAAGUGCAUGGUGCCCGAACACUUUGAGAAGACCAUCUUCCUCAGUGCCAUGUACACCUUCACUGUGAUAACCAUACUGCUCUGUAUUGCUGAGAUAUUUGAGAUACUGUGCCGGCGGCUUGGUUAUCUCAACAACCAAUGACACAGACACACAAACACACACAUGCACACACAAAAAAACAGCAAAGGGUGAAAGUACGAGACAGUGUUUCAGGAAGCUAACGAAACAGAGAGUCAUCUCAGUGGUCCAUCGAGAGGGACUUGAACAAAGAACUUUGAGAAUGAGCACUAACGUCAGAGCUGGCAGGUCUGAAACAUCUAAUACCUAACCCUAACCCCUAACUAUAGAAUGAUUGCCCCAAGUCCUACUUCAUCAGCAGGUCUGGACGUGAAGGCCAGAUGUACCGGACUCUGAAUCGUUAGAGACGGGAUGAACGGUUUCUGGUUUUCUUUUUCCCUCCUGAAGACUGAAGGAGGUGUCAGCUUCCUGUCACCAUGGUCCGAGUAGAGAUGGGAAAGUGUUCUGAUCCAGAUGGCCCCUGACACCAUGAGGAUUCCUGAAACCUGUACUUCAGAUGUAAGACUCUUAGGAACACAUGAAGCAUCGUUUCUCCUGUUGUCAAAGCUCAUCAAAUCAAUACGAUGCCUCUUCUCUGGACUCUGUUCCCACAUUGGACCUACACAGCGUUUUAUCAGCAGAUUUGUAAAGUGUCAGUAAGUCUUCAUGUGAUGUAAAUAACAGCCAACAAUGUAAAUAAUGUAGAUCAUCACAUAACUCAGUCUAAAAGUGCAGAGAGACACUGCAGCCUGUCUUCUCAGGGGGACAGGCACAGCACUGAGCUCCAUGGACCAUCACUCCGGUCGUUCUUUGGAAACUGGUUGAGGAACCUCGGCCCAUGGGCGAGUGCAGGUCAGGUGCUGAUGGUCCUGACUCCUCCACGUGUGACACGUCUGUGUCUGCUUCCGGUCUGACCUCCUCAUCCAUCGGCUGUGGCACAACCUGGUUGUGUUGUCUCUUUCUUCAAAUAUAUGUUUCCUUGAUGGGUCUUGAAACAACCUGAGCUGUAGAAUCAAGAACAACAAAUGACUCAGUUUACUUCUGUGACCUGUGAGGACCUCAUGGACCAGGAGGCUGUCCUCAGAAUAUUAGAAAUGUAGUUGUUUCCUCUCUGAAGGUAAAGUUUCCAUCAAGGACACUAAAGGAAACUGAUUUGUGAAUAUGGGCGAUACAAAUCAAAUUUGAUUGAUUGAUUGAUAAAUGAAUAUAAAUGGGUUUGAUGAAAUAACCUCAAGACUUCUAAACCCUUCCUGAAUUACAUUUAGAAAAUUAAACAUAUUCCCCAAGGAUGAAUUCAUAACUCAAAAAUAUGGGUUACAAAUGUGUUAAAAUAUUUAUUGGUAUCAGAAGUUAUAAUGUAUUUUUUUUAAGUAUCUAAAAAAGUAUCUGCCAACAAGAAGUGCUACACAUUUUGUGUUUAAUAGUACAAACAUUCAUGAGUUGUUGGUUCUGGGCAAUAUCGCUGUUUCACAAAAUCCCAACAUACAAGUUGAGACAGAUAGCUAUGACUUAUUUAUUUCCUUCUUUUCUUUUCAUAGCUCAUUGUUUUUACAUUACUCAGAACCCGCUCUGCCCGGGUGUCCCUGUCAAUGUGUUUGAAAAUAAUGACCUCUCAUGUUUUGAAAAGUUCUUUUUAAUCAGACAUCCAUCCAGCUUUUGUUGUGAAGUUUUCAGCAAUCUGUUUAUCAACUCAGGUACAAAAUUGCAUUUCCAGACAAGAGUGGAUCAAACCUUCCCUUCAGAUCCUCAAACCCUCUGGUUCAGCUGACGGACCGAGCCUGCAGAACCAGAGAUGGCUCAGUCGGACCGGGUUUGAGAGGAAUCAGGUGACUCCUGUGGUUUGGGUUUGUCUGCUUCUCGUCAGUGGUUGAUGGUUGUAAUUUUUGCCUCUAGAAGUUCUGUCACCAAGACUUAGGCCUUGUUUACAUAUAAUAAAAAUACAGUAUUCAACACCUUUGCUGUUUCAAGGAAUUAAUCAAGUCUGGGACCAUUUGGCGGAAACGCUGCCUUGAAAUUAUCCAAAUUAAUCUUUUACAUUGUGCUCAGCUCUAGUGAACGUGAAUUUAAACUUCAUCUUAUUCAGAGUGGACUGUAGAAUAUCAACAAAGAGCUAUGGGAUGUAGCAUAUUGGGGAUUUGGGGGUUUACACUGAACUAGUUCCCGAGUCCAGGAGAAUGUCUUCUUUAUGCCACAAAUCUCAAGAUAAUCUUUGGAAAUCCAUCAACCAUGAUGCAUCAUAAACUACACUGCAGUAACAAUUCACCUCCAAUGAUUAUAUCUUAGAUUUUUACCAAUGUCGUUUUGGUAGUUGUAAAAAAAGUCUAAUUUCAUAUUGCAUCAGCUGUUGUUUUCUUUAUGUUUAAAAUGUAUACAACCUCACAGCUAUAUCAGAGACAAAGAGAAACCUUUACAACCAACACAAACAUAAUGAAACAGAAUUCUGCAGGUUUGUGUUGGUGACUCGUAAAUCUCCUGCUUG